AUGACAGCUACACGAAUUGUCAGCCGUCAAACUCGGGAGAGCAUUUCAGAUUAUUCACCAUUUGGGCAUAGUGUAUCUACACCAGGUCCAGAUCUGACCACGCAAGACUCGAAGCAAGCAGCUAAAGUGAAGCCAUCUAAUCUCACUUAUGUCGUGUAUGAGAUACUCCUAUCUGGUGUUUCUAGUACUUCUUUGGAAAAACAUAUCACUUUGGACAGCCCAGCUAAUGUUGAGCUCUCAUGCAGCCUGCCCAGUAAAUAUCCUCAUUUGAAAAUUGUUCAAGUGGCUUGGAAGAAGGGAAAUGAAACUAUCAAACACAUCAAUAAAACUGAAAAUAGCUGGAGCAUCCGAUUGACAGUCACAAAUGAAAAUGAAUUGGGAAGUUACACUUGUACUCUUAAAGGUAAAGAAGAAUUCAAAGCUGUGUUCCAUUUACAAGUACCAAAAAUUGAAGGAAAAGAAAAAACAAUAAUCAGUUAUGAAGGAGAUAAAGUUGUGAUGAUAUGUAAAAGUUCAAAUUAUACUCCCAGCACUUGGAACUGGUACCUGACUAACGGAAGUGAACAGAUUGCCAUUAAUGAAUCUUUGCUGUCUGACAAAUAUGUAAUUGAUCGAGUACCUGCCAACACAACCCAUCUCAAGAUACUGAAGCUCACCAAGAAAGACGGUGGUGCCUACUGGUGUGAAGCUGUUUUUAAGCUAGGAAAAAGUAGAGGAAAGCUGAAGCUUACAGUUCUCACCUUCAUGGUGCCACUCACACCAUUUCUAGCAAUAGUGGCUGAAGUUGUUAUUCUUGUUGCCAUUAUUUUCCUUUGUGAGGUAUAUUCCAAAAAGAAAGUGAAGAGUGCAGAAGAUGAAAAAGAAUUUGAACAAGUGGAGCAACUCCACGCGGGCCGGGGGCGUCGGCGAGCGGGCUCUUCGGAGCGCGUCUGCGGACGCCCCGGGGAGGGGCCGUUCCGCCGUGCUCGGGUACAAACUGCUGCCGAGCUAGAACCGGGCGUGGAGCGGCGGCGUCGCGGCGAGAACACUGAAGUGCUGCGCUACAUCAGCGUGUUGCUCGCAGGGCAGUUCGCAUGCGUACGGAAUGGGGGUAGCACGAAAAGCAGCGCGAGCGAAUUCCGAAGCAGAGGCAUCUCCGCUUAA